GUCCAUCGGUUCGGUUUCACGAUGCCUUCACUCGUGGAGCGCCCGCGAUCGUCGCAAGAGGCGCUCCUCCGCCUCGAAAAAGGCAGCGCUUCUCCGAGCACCCAAUUACACGAAGCGGCACAGAUCUUAGGAUUGGAUCUUUCGUUGUGCGAAAGUCACCCAGAGACACACCGAAAUGACAAAAUCCUAAUCAAGGCUACUCCAAAGGAGGAGUGGGUGUUGCGAUGGUUGCUGAAGAGACUGAGAACGGGAAAGAACUAUCGCGUCGAUCCUGCGUCAUUCCUGCUACUACGACAGCUGAUCGACUUGAUCUCACCAAAAAACAUGGCGACAAUUAUGAAGGAACAGAAAUUUUUGUCGAUCAUUUGCGAGACGAUUGCGGACUUGGAGACCGACAUUCAUGCGACAGUGGGAAGUGGCUUAUCGAGCUUGGAUUCGGACUCGACGCUGUCCGGCCCUUCCUCCGCAGAUGAGCCACAUGGGACUCAGGGCAUGAAACGGAAGAGGGGCAGUGCAGACAAUGACCCGGAUGCUAUGGAUAUCGACAGCCCUCCGCAGAACCCCGCCUCGUGCUUCCUUGCAUUCAUCCGCGCACUGGACUGCUUGCACGGAGUGGUGGCCCUCGCUCAGCGAACAAUUGGCACCGAUGAGAUUGCCAACUCCCAUCUUAAGCUAGCUUUGCGAGGUGACCCCGAUGUGGUUGCUUUAUUGCUGGGUAGGGCAUUCCAGCUGGCUUCUGUAGCCAUUGCCCAAUUUACUCAAGCAGCCAAAACAACCGAUCUUCAACACUUGCUUUACGUGUUCCCAGCAAUGCUCGAGCUAUGGGAGUCGAGGUCUCUUCACCACGAUGAUAAUGAUAACAAAAUAAGCAAUGACUGCUUUGCGAAAUCCAGUUUCUCCCAUGCUCUCAGGCUUCAGUUCAGCUUGAGAAAGGUGAACCUCGAUACGGAUGAGAGAGCAUACCUCCUGCAUGCUGUUGAAAGAAUCACUGCCCUUCAUGUGCUACUCCCAGCGCGGGCAGCGUUCUUUGAGCGAGGGGGUUCUGGCAUCGAUUACUCGCAGGAAGAACCAGACUGGAGUGCGGUUCAGCCAGUGACUGCCGCGUUACGGCCAAUCAUCCGCGAGCAAUCGAGCCUUCAGGGUACCGAGACAUCCGAGAAUGGAUCCUUCCACGCCCUUUGGCAGUCAAUUGAGCUUCUUCCAGAGCUGUUUGAUAAUGCUGUACGAGCCGUUCCAAGAGACGAUUUCAGACGCCAAACCCAUGAGGCUCCGUGGUUGGAGACUUUGUUUGUGGCCGUGGCAGAGCUGGCAUAUUCUACAUCUCAGGAAGAUGAUCCCGACAACUUUUCUUCCCGCUUUGUCUCCGUACUAGAGCAGCUCCUUCGGGUGGCUCUCGAACGCAAUGUUGGCCUAUCUCUUCACACUAUUCUCACGCACGCGAGCUACACCGGUUUGCUUGAAGAGGGCUUAGAGAAGGUCCAGUGGACUGUCACCGCUCUGGUAAUCAGCCUUGGUGUCGAUGUCUUUUUACCAAAUUCCGGACUUCGCGAUUCCCGCAAGUUCCUGGACGCUUUACUUGGCAAGAUCCUUCUCGAAUGGCGCAGUGAUGUUCCCAGCAAGCCUGAGAGCUACGAUAUCAUUAAAAAUGAUAUUGCGCUCCCGUUGCUGCGUGGUUUCGCAGCUGCAAGAGAUCUGCCAUUUUUCUUGGAGGUGUGGCACAAUCAACUAGUCGUUAUCGAGGAAGCUCGUGCUCAAGAUAAGAGUUUACCCUUGUUCUCAGUCUGGGAGGACGAUGAUUUGUGCAAUACGUUCAGUGAAGUGAUCCGAACGACUCUCAGUGGUUCAAUUCUGACAACUCUUAUGCAAACCGCUGCGGUGGAGACUAGGGCUGAAGAUGGCAAGGUCUCCAGCUCUCCUCAGUCAUAUGCAAAGAUUGUCGUCAUGGAGGCUAGCUCGCGCGGAAAGGCACUUCAGUUCACCGACUCAGAGAAGACAAUGUCCCACAUUUUGGAAACAUUGACGUCCACUCUCUCUUCAAAGCAAAGCUUGCACUGGCGCUGGCGCUUGUGGCGGUUUAUGCGCAAUAUUCUGCAGAACAACAUUCAUUCGCCCGAUAAUGCCCUAGCACAAGCGGCACAGUCCCUUGUGGUUGCUGCUUCGAAGACCGUGCAUCGUAACCAUAGAAACCUGACCAAGGCGCCUCUUGCCCCACUGGAAUCUUGGGAAGCGUACAGAUUUGCCUUGGUUUCCGUGAAAGGCAAACUCAAGGAAGAGCAGCUGGAGGCUUUCAACACCAUCUCCCAGGAUAUCACAAGCCUCGUCACCUCUGUUUCACGUGAGGAUGCUCAGGAAUCGAUGAAGGCACCCUGGAACGGCCGGAUAGACACCCUCAACACUGCCACUACUUUGGCUUUGGCUUAUAUUCUUGCUCUUGUCAGGGUUCCCGAGGUCUGGGAACGCAUCUCAACCGAUCACCGAUCGCGUCUUUUCCAGCAACUUCUUGCUCUGGCUGCAGCCCAGUACCAUUCUACCUCGUUGCCGCUUGAGGCUGUGGCUGAUGAUGCUCGGUUCCUACAGGCAUGGGCGAGCAUCGUAUGCCACGAGUAUCUGCUCAGCGUACCAUGCCUUGUGCCUGAUCUGGCACUUCUCCUUAACGAACGCAUCGAGAAAGAUUCUUCUGAUCGUCGUAUCUAUGUCGAUAGUUUGCAAAGGAUUCCAACUGCCUUGAUCACUCGCGGUUUGAGAACUGCUAUCCUGGACAAGCUCAACGAUGUGUUGGUCCAGCAGGACAGCAUCCCCGAGGUUACUCUUGGGAUAUUAACUAUGAUGGCGAAGUUGGCCGCCAUGCCGAAGUGCGAUGCCAACGUCACUGGCGAAUGGGAACCAAUCUGGACUGCUGCCCGGUCCAUCUCCCUUGAAGGCACUGAGCUGGAUCUUCAGAUCAUGAAGUCAUUCCGAAGCCUGUACCGUGCAAUCCUUGCCAAGCUGCUCGUUCUCGCCAAGGAAGAUCAGUCUGAGACUUUUAAGAAGUUGUUUGCCAGAGUCUCCAAACAGGCCUCUAAAUUGCGACAGAUUGAUCGUGACUCCAUGCCCUGCUUCCUCUUGCGUCUGACUUUGUCGGAGCUCUGGGUUCACCGCGCGAAGUUGCAAAAAGCCAUCUCUGAAAACGAGCUUGCUUCUUGUCGCGAGCGUGUCUUCGGUCUGGUGCUGGCGGAUAUGAAGUCUGUCAAGGAUCGAUGCAGAAAGCAAAAGUUAGAAGAAACCAUCACCCUUAUCAAAACCAUUGAUGCUCUAGAGGACUUCGAGGACCUUGCAACAAACCACAUUGAAGUGGAAAAGUUCCUGUCCAAGAUCGAGCAUUACAUGGAGAUGUCGGUUGACUCAGAACCGUCUCGGUUGAUCCGCCGUCGUCUUCUAGCCACCAAGGGCCCCGAGAGAAGCAUCACCGAGCCGGUCCUGCAGUGCGCCGAGACCAUCACACUCCAGUCUCUCUAUGCCGAAGACCAACAGCUGUUCAUCCGAGCUACCACCGAGCGUUUCCGUUCCAUGACCACUGCUAGAGUCACUCAAUCGAUCCGUGAAGUCCGCGAGCUUGGUUUGACUGGCAACAAUGCCGGGUACCGCAUCCUCGUGAUCUACCUCGCUGUCAUCUCACUCCCAUCAGUGGACGACAAGGAUAGCGACGUCGCACGCGAACUGUCUCUUCUUUCCGCAGAUCUAGCGGAAGCCAUGACGCACAGCACCUCAAUUGAGCAGUUCUGCUUCGCAGUCGAGAGUCUCGCCCUCCUCCUCCGCGUGCACACCCGCGCUCUUGCCCAAUGUAACAUCGACGCAAUCCUAGCCGCAAUCGCUUCGUCUGCCUCAAAGGUCGGUCCGCGCAUCUCUCCGCAAUACGCGCCUACAAUCUUCACCCGUCUCUGCCGGCUGAUGGGUAUCGUCCUGGGUCUCCAGCGUCUCAAGGUUGGCGGUCGUUUCCAUCUAGUCGUCCCGGCCAUGCAGCGUCUACUAUCCUGCCUAUUCGCGCGCUCCCGGAAACGCUCUCGCUCAGCCCACUUCCCAUCCUCCCUCUCUCAACCCUUCUGGCUCGCUCCCCUCGAAGCCUCGCACACAUCCUCCUACACCCGUCUCCUCACAACCCUCAGCGACCCCACUACGUCCGCUGUGCUCAGAUCCCAAGCUGGUGCUUCGCGUGACGCUCUCAAUGAUGAGACCAAAAAGGCAAAGCGUAUUGCUGGCCAGCACUUGCAAUAUGUCGUGAUGGAGUAUGCGCAGUGCUCGCUUCGUGGAUCUCUGUUGCCGGAUGUCAAGGCUGCUUUGAUGCCGGGUAUGUAUGCGGCUCUGGACGUGAUGUCUAAGGAGUCGUUGCGUGCGCUCAAUGCUGGACUUGAUGUUUCCGGACGGGCUAUCUUCAAGUCUCUCUAUGACGACUAUGUUAGAUUUGGAAAGUGGAAUAAGGCAUAA